AUGUCUAUCUAUCUAUCUAUCAUUCUGUUCAUAUCUAUCUAUCUAUCUAUCUCAUCUCUCUAUCUAUCUAUCAUCAUUCUAUAUCAUUCUAUGUUCAUUAAUUCAUAUCUAUCUAUCUUUCUGCUCAUGUCUAUCUAUCUAUCUAUCUAUCUAUCUAUCUAUCCAUCUGUCAUCUAUCUAUCUAUCUAUCUAUCUAUCUAUCUAUCUAUCAUUCUACCCGCAUCAUUUCUGUUCAUACUAUCUAUCUAUCAUUCUGCUCAUGUCUAUUUAUCUAUCAUUCUGUUCAUAACUAUCUAUCUAUCAUUCUGCUCAUGUCUAUCUAUCUAUUUAUCUAUCAUUCUGUUCAUAACUAUCUAUCAUUCUGCUCAUAUCUAUCUAUCUAUCUAUCACUCUGUUCAUAACUAUCUAUCUAUCAUUCUGCUCAUAUCUAUCUAUCUAUCUAUCAUUCUGUUCAUAACUAUCUAUCAUUCUGCUCAUGUCUAUCUAUCUAUCAUUCUGCUCAUGUCUAUCUAUCUAUCUAUCAUUCUGUUCAUAACUAUCUAUCUAUCAUUCUGCUCAUAUCUAUCUAUCUAUCAUUCUGUUCAUAACCAUCUAUCUAUCAUUCUGCUCAUCUAUCUAUCUAUCUAUCUAUCUAUCAUUCUGUUCAUAACUCAUCUAUCUAUCAUUCUGCUCAUAUCUAUCUCUAUCUAUCAUUCUCUGUUCAUAACUAUCUAUCUAUCUAUCAUUCUGCUCAUGUCUAUUUAUCUAUCAUUCUGUUCAUAA